AUGCCUUCUUCUGCCGUCUUCUACCGUUCUCUUGAUAAGGCGUACCCUGUGGCCGUAGGCGGUCAAGGAGUGCACCUCUUCACCAAAGAUGGGGAGAAGAUUCUCGAUGGCAGCAGCGGCGCGGCCGUGUCCAGCAUCGGCCACAACAAUCAAGAAGUCGUCGAUGCUAUCGUUGCUCAAGCACGAGGGCUGAGCUUCGCUCACAGCUCCUUCUUCACUUCGGACCCUGUCGAAGAACUGGCGACGUUCCUUCUCGAACAGAGCAAAGGCUCCGACUUCUCGCGAGUCAACUUCCUCUGUUCCGGGUCCGAAGCUGUUGAGUCGGCUCUGAAGCUCGUCCGGCAGUACCACAUCUACAACGGACAGCCAGAACGCACCAAGUUCAUCGGCAGACACCACUCAUAUCAUGGCAAUACCAUGGGUGCGAUGGCUAUUGGGUUCAACCCACCGCGCAGGCAGCCUUUCGAAGCGAUCCUGAGCCGAGCUUUUCAUCACGUCUCUCGCUGCUUCUAUGAUCAAGAUGCCAACGGACGGUCCGAGCAGCAUUUCGAAGACGAUCUGAUUGCGGAAUACGAGUCCAAGAUCCAAGAGCUCGGAGCGACCACGAUUGCAGCUGUUGUAGUCGAGCCCGUCGUCGGAGCCACUCUGGGCACAGUGCCAGCCACGAAAACAUACUUGCCACGCUUGAAACAGCUGUGCGAGAAGCAUGGCGUCUUACUCGUGUUUGAUGAAGUCAUGUGCGGGAUGGCUCGGGUGGGAAGCUACCACGCCUGGCAGUGUCUUGGGGGAUUCCCCCCGGAUGUGCAGACGAUCGGGAAGGGUUUGGGAGGUGGCUAUCUCCCGCUCUCAGCCAUUCUGAUCUCAACCAAGGUGGCGUCCGUGUUUGAGCAGAACAGAUGCGCCAGCGCUCUCGCCGUCCAGAAGAUCAUCCAACGGGACGAUCUGGUCCAGAAUGCCAGACGUCAAGGAUUGCUGCUCGAGAAGAUGGUCGUGAAAGCCCUCCCAGCCGAACUCAAGGCUCUCGGGGCGAGCAUGCGCGGCCUUGGGCUCUUCCGCUCUAUCGACUUUGGGAACUCCAAAACCAAGUUCGGCGGACCACUGGCAGCUCAAGUAGCUGAAGAAACGUUCAAGAAUGGUGCGACUGUCUAUCUGUGCUCGGGGGCAGUCGACGCUGUAAUGUUUGCGCCGCCUUUGAUCAUUGCAAACGAGGAGUUGGCCGAGUUGGGGGACAAGUUCCAACGCGCGGUGAGGACUGUCCUGUCACGGCGAGUGUCAGCGGCUGCUGUGAAGCACAAGCUCUAG